AGACCUAUGAAUAGCAAAAUCAGAGAAACUGAUUCAGAAAGUGAUCUCUCAACCAGAGCUGUAUCUCUCUUUCUCUCUCUCUUUCUUUCUCUCCCCGUGUGUGUGUGUGUGUAGCUGGUGUAGCUGCAGCCUGACGGGGCGCUCCGCGCUUCUCCUCGGCCUUCCAGCUUCAGCAUCAGCAGCGCGCGGGCGGUGUUGGAGGAGGAGGAGGAGGGCGGCUGAAGGUGACUCGUCGAGCCGGAGAGGAGAGAGGGGGAUGCGGACGGCUGGAGCGCGCCUGGCCCGCGCCCUCCUCAUGCGCUGCUGAGACCUCGGGGCUGCUCGGGGUGGGAGACGGAGGAAAGAGAGAGAGAAAAGAGGAGAGAGGGAGGUAAAGAAAGAACGAAAGAAAGGGAGAGAAGGAGGUGGUGGAGGAGGACGCACGGAGCGCAGAGCAGCGCGUCCCUGUUUUUUCUCUGCGUCGUGUUGGGGCUCGUGCACGCGCAUGCAUGUGUUCUGCACCGAACGGGCGAAAGAAGCGCCCGCGCUCCGCAGGCAGCAUCUUCCAGCUGGGCCGCGCCGCGCAGGAGCGCCGCGAGAGCACCGAGAGCACGCGCCGAGCCCAGCGCGCCCUGGACGACUGCAGGAUGACAGUGCAGGAGUUCAACACUCUGGUGGCGCUGCACCGUGAGCAGGUCAUCUCUAUCGGGGAGAUCACAGUGGACUGUCCUUCUCUGAGAACCCAGAUGCACAAGACGCGCAUCAAAGGCUGCGGCGUGGCUCAGACUGCCUACCAGAGCCUCACCGUCAUCUCCGGGCCAGAAGAUGGAGAAAUCCACCCUGAAAUAUGCAGGCUUUUCAUCCAGCUGCAGUGCUGUCUGGAGAUGUACAUCACCGAGAUGCUGAAGUCCAUGUGUUUGCUGGGUGUACUGCAGAUCCACAGGAAAGGAAAUGAACCCUGCCCUGAACCAAAUGUUGACUGUAGACUGGACGAAAGCUCGGACAUCCCGAUACUGGAGGACAGAUCAUCAUCACCUGUAGACUUUCCCCAGGAGUCCUGGCUUGUGUGCACAGACAUCGAGAACAUAGAAAGUGACAUGCGAGAGAUGCGAAAUCUGCUAAGCAAACUCAGGGAGACCAUGCCUUUGCCACUGAAGAAUCAAGAUGACAGCAGUCUACUGAACCUGACUCCGUAUCCGCUGGUGAGGCAGAGGAAGAGACGUUUCUCUGGGCUUUGCUGCCUCGUUUCAGGCUGAAGCAGCUGCAGAUCUUCGAGCUCCACUUGUCUUCUCUUUCAUUCGCUGUAAAUGUGGAAAGACAGUUCAGUAAAUCGAUCCCUGUCACCGCCAUUUUUACAGACUUCAUUCACCUCUAGUGAUUACAAACACAACACAGCCCAAGCCAUCAAUCUGCAGAGCCGACGCAGAGACGGAAACCUUAUCCAGAGUCUCCUGUCUCUCCUGGUCUGGCCUCUGUGGAAAAUCCAACUGGGAUUUAUUUGAUUUUAUUUAAUUUCGUUGAUUGACUUUUGCCAUUUGCCAUUCGCCAUCGAGUGUGGUGACCAUACAGUAUGAUUGUAUGUAGAAAAAAAGACUAAAAAAAGAUAUAUACACAAUAUAUCCACAAUAUAUACAAUAUACAUAAAAGUAUACACCAUGUCCUUUC